UUUCCGUCCAUCCACUCUGUGUUACGUCGCACAUCGCAUCACAUUCCACGCAACAAUGACUCUUUCUGACCUGCCGAGCGUUGAGUCCUUCGUGUACAACCUCAUUGAGACAGUGACCUCUCGCACGGCCAUCAGCGAGGCGUUUGUGUACAUCGGACUGACGUUUCUGGUGCUCUUGAUAUGUACAGUGCUCCUUGAGUACUUCAACAACGUCCCCAUGACUGUGUUUUUAGAGCAACGCAGCUUUGGAAGUUCAGCCAUGCAACAGCUUCAGCCCCUGAUGACUCACUUGGCCGCCCGUGUCGAAGCUGCUCUGGAGAAGUGGGACCUACCUCAACCCGACGUGGGCGGCCAUCCCCAUGUAGAGUAAAACUACGCCCACACCCCACGCCCACCCUGACGACCUCCGGAUGCCCUCGAGAUGCAUAAGGUCGAAAAGUGAGGAAGACAAAAACGGAGAAGACGAAAUAUUCCAUCCACCUGAAUCAAUAAGAAACUGAUCCACUCUCUUCCCAAUCUUUUACCACGCUGUAAAAAAAAAAUCUAUAUUUUUCUUCAUUUAUCUUCAAUCUUAUGACCGCCUCUUGCCUCCUACCCUCCCACACCCACUUCAUCCACACACACGUCUCAACAAACCUUCCCGAGAGAGACAUGAACCCUUUGACUCAACAGCGCCUCAUAAACCACAAGAUUAUGUACACGUUUUUUACCCUGUCCCGUUUCCGCUCAAACACGCCAUAUCGCAAUUAUGUAAAUAAACAAAGACAUUUUAUACGCAACGACACAAUAAGACAACUAUAAUGGAGCGAAGUAUGUAACAUAACACCUUAUAAUUGUGUGACUUUAAAGGGUUCCAAGCAGCUUUACUUCUUAUUCCAAUGCUGUUUCGAUUAAGGUCAUUCUAUUCUUUAUAGAUUUUUGGCCAUUCUUCUGUUCUUCAUUUUUCUUCAGUGCCAUACAUAUUGUUUGUUGUUGUUUGUUCUUUUUUGUUAUUGAGCUGAUAUUACAUAUAGGUCUGUCGAUUGUUAUGAAAUUGUGUAUGUUCAUCGAAAAUAAACUAUUUAUUUUUUCACCGUUCAGCAUGUCCAA